AUGCAGUUCUCCACCAUCCUCAUUGCCACCGCCGCUCUUGCCAUGACUGUCAUCGCCGCUCCCGUUGCCGGUGAUGAGGGCCACGGAACUCAGAUCCACGACAGCGGCAAUGUUGGCGAUGUCUCCCAGAGCGGAAACCACAACGUCUGCAGCAACCAGAACGACCGCACUACUCAGGUUUGCUGCAACAAGUCCAACAAGGCUGAGGCCAGUGGCCUCGUUGCCGCCAAUGUCUUGAGCAACCUCGACCUUCUCGACCUCGGAUGCGCUAUUGCCAGCAACUGCAAGGUCGAGCAGAACGCCUACUGCUGCAAGCAGGACAACAAGAGCAACGGCAUCAACCUUGUCCAGCUCAACAGCUGUGGUCCUCUCGUCGAUGUUUUGUAG